AUGAAAUUUUGGACUUCACAACAUGUUUUUGAUCAUGAUUGGGCAACAGUAGUUACUGCUGCAUUAAAUAAAUAUCCCAAUCCAUCACAUCGUCUUCUGUUAGCCAAUUGGGGUAUUGCACCUGCAUUAAAUAAAAUUUUCAAUAUGAGUGAACUUGGAUAUGCUAGUGAACACUCAACAAUUGAUGCUCGACGACGUAUAAUGACUGCACGAACAAGAAAUUUAACACUAAAUCGUUUUAUUAGUAUUGAAGAACGACUUGAAUAUACACAACAUCCAACUGAUAGCUCAAAAACAAUUCUUACACAAGAAGCAACAAUUAACGUUGAGAAUGUUCCAUUGACUAGUUACGUUGAAACAAUGGUCGCUAAAACAAUCAAUACAAAUGCAACUAAAGGUCGUCUAGCAAUGGAAUGGGUAAUCAACCGAAUGAGUACUGUUCCGUCAACUGAACCAACUAAACAAAUACCUUUAUAA